UUACCGGCACACGCGAGCGAUCCUCCGCGAGUCUUUCGGGUGGUGAAAGGCGACACGCAGCGAUCUGUCGGACGCCUGCGCGCGACCACGAGCGUCGCGCUCGCGCACACGCGCCCUUCCUCGGCGUCGUUUUGCGAGGAAAUUGAUUCUGCGCGACGACGCCAGCCAGCGAGGGAGCAACCGGAGUGUCAGAAGAGCCGGGGUCCGCAGACCGCGCACACAUCGCACCGGGGAACGACGGAACGUCGUCGCGAGCGAGCCAGCGCUGUUAAACAUCGCGAGACAAACGGAGCCGGUAACACCGUCGCUAUUAUGUAAGGGCACGAUCAGUCGUACGUGGACGCGCGUCCUGGACGGAGCAGAUAGUUAAAAAAGCCAAGAAAAGGCGCGACAUGCGAACGAAACAUCGUCACGACGACGAACCGCCAGCCGACGGCCGCAGGCCCACCAAACAGUAACACGCAACGUGUCCACGCGGAGAGGAGCCUCGAUGGAACUGACGAUUCUGCUGCUCGUUCACGUCGCUGGAAUUUGCUCCGGUUUGCGAGAAGUGCGCAUCCAGAUACCGACGGCCGUGAAGAAAGGUGAAUCGGCGAUACUGAACUGCUGGUAUGACACCGAGGGGGACCCUUUAUACGCCGUCAAGUGGUACAAAGGGGGUCGAGAGUUUUAUCGUUACGCCCCGAACGAGACCCCGGUCGUCAAGACUUUCCCCAUCGGGAACUUGACGGUGAAGAAACCUGAGAGCAACGCGACGCAAGUCAGCCUGACGAAUCUGGAGCUGAACGCUGCCGGGGAGUACAGCUGCGAGGUGUCGGCGGACGCGCCGUCGUUCCACACGGCCAUAGUUUCCGCCACCAUGAACGUCGUUGAAUUACCCUCUCAAGAGCCGUCGAUACACGGGUUAAGGAGGAAAUACCGGAUUGACGAUAUGCUGCGUUUGAACUGCACAUCCGGCCGGAGUAAACCCGCGGCCAAUCUCACCUGGUACAUCAACGGCCGACAACCGCUGGAGUCCCACGUCCGCACGUACAGCCCCCUCGACACCAACGAAUCAGAGUGGCAGAUCUCCCAGAUCGGCCUUCAGUUUCUCCUAACACACGAACACUUCACCCUGGGCAAGCUGAAGAUACGUUGCAGCGCCUCCAUAUACAACAUCUAUUGGCGAAGCACCGAGGUCAGCGUAGAGGAGGAUAGGCCCAGGGUGAUACACUACGAGCCCGCAGCGACCAUCGUCGGCAUCAACUACCUCCAACCGCCGCCCAACUUCCAAACGGGACAGCAGAAGCCUGACGGACAGGUCGGAGUCAAAGUUUUGGGUGAUUCCACGGCGCCACUUCGGUCUUCGUCCCAGCGGCUGGUUCUGGGGCUGCUCGUGUUCCUUCUGAUCAUCAUUCGUUAACCACGCCUGCAUUACAAUACGCGCGCUUUGGAGCUGUUUUAUAUAAAAUCGACGUGCUUGUAAGAGUCCUUGGGGGCCGCUUCGAGCGACGUCUCCGUCAACACGGCGGUCCGUGGGUUGUCCUCCCUGGUGACAGCCGACGCACGUGAUUCGUGCCCGUUUCCGGGAGGACGCGGGGAAAUGCCAUCGUUUCGGUUCGAAUGGAAGGGGAAGAGACAAUGCCGUUGAAGUCUUAAACCGUGAGAAAAGAAUAACGGAGGCGAGAAAAAGAGUGGAGCGACGGAGAAGGGGACUGCAAGCUGCGAGAGGAUCGCGGUGGGAGGCCUGACUCGGCCUUAAUUAGUCCGAGCAACGAACUGGAGCGUGUUUCGCGGUCGUGUCGACCGGGAAGAAUGAAGACAGCGAAAGGGAUUGCAAGAAUACGCGAGGAGUAUUUUAUUAUUGUACUGUGUAUAGCUCGAACGCUUGAAAACGAUCCCCGGGGGGCGUGGCUUGAGCGCUUUGAGCGAGAGUGGGGACGGGAUCGUUUAACGAGACGUGGGUUCUCGUGGAUGGCUUCGUCGUUUAACCUGAUGACUGGGAAAGCGUUGACGUGUCAUUUUAACUUGAUCAUUUUUCGACUAUUUAUUUAGUCACCUAGCGGUUCGAAUCUAUCGAGUUACAGUUUUUGAUUUUACUUAACGUUUUUAUUGCAUGGGUACGCGAGAAUAUACGUACGAGACUAACCUUAUCCAUCUCGUUUUCAAUUACGCGUUUGUGAUGGAAAAAGUGCUUUAUCUACAAGUUCGUGUCAAAAAUUGUGCGAGCUAUUACCAUUAUGCGAUAUUCAUUUCUUCGACAUUUUCCUUGUUUAAUUCGUGCAACUAUUUCAAUUCCCGUCACGAGGAGACAAAAUACAAGUUCAAGUGCGUGAAAACUUUACGUGUAGUAGUAGAUAGUAACGGCGUUAAAUGAGAAUAAAAAAUAAAUAGGGAAAGUAAAGUGAAAGGGUAAGGUUCAACAUAUUCUUGUUUCGCGACCUAACCCUAAAUCGCCGAGGAAAGUCGAACAGAAUACAAAUAUUUUUCACGUAAAAAUUGCUUAAGAUGGUUACAGAUGAUAGAAGUUUAUCGCCGACAGGUGUCACGAAUUUGAAGGACAAUGAGAGAGUAUGACUUUGGAGGAAGCGAACGAGUGACUGAGCCAAUUGGGACGCUUGAUGGGGGGAAGAGGCGUGGCCAACGUUCCCCCAUCGUUGGGGAUCUUUUCUGAGUAGCCGAGCUGUACCUGCUUCCUGUCGAAGGACCGUCUGUAUGCAGCGGCGUAGCACGUUUAUGCCGCGACGCGAGCGAGGGAAAUCGAGUAGUUUUCUUUCGUACUUUUAUAACACUCGGAAACGUCUAACGUAACGUGGAUAUCUAUAUAUGUAUAUGUGUAUAACCUAUCUCUAUCGCUCUCUGUCUAUCUCUCCCCAUCUCUUUGUCCGUUACUCGAUCGGAUUGGUAUAGCCAGGGGCCAUUCCACACCAAAUCGAUCAAAGGAUUUUCGUGAAAUUGAAAUAUAGCGUAGUUCGCGUAACAUUAUAGAGAGCUUAAGUCAUCCUUAGCCGAUUCCAGAGUUAAUUAAAAAAUUCCGAAGUAUCUACUUUGUAGUCUUAUUAUGAAAAAAUGAUUACACCGAACUCUCAACUGCAAGAGCCUUCUUAUCCUGCAUUUUUCAAGUAAAUCUGAGACCAGGAAAGUGAUGACAUAAAACCCCUUCUAAUUUUACGUGGUCUACGUCAUAUUUCAAUUCCACCAGAGUUCCUGACGUAGAAGGGCAAAAAGUGAUCGAUUCGACGUGGAACCCCAAAAGGAGUUCGACGUUGCGCGUCGGUUCGACCGCGUGUACGUUUGCGCGGAUGUUUGUGCGCGUGUGCAUGUGCGAGGAGAUGUACCUGAAUCGGAUAUUCGACGGCGUUGCUUUGCGUUAUUGCGCUGUUGUUGCAUCGUAUAUUCUUAAGUCGGUCGAUGAACCGCGCUCGGGGAACGGAACGCUGAACGAACGCUCACGUUCCUCGCGCGUGAAUAUUCGCACCCGUUGAAAAGUUCGCGAGCGAGAGGAAAACUGACUGACGAAAUGACCUGAGAGUAACGGGGCGGAUUGAAACGGCGGCGAUGCGAGGUUUAUGGGGCAAUGGUGCGGCCAGAAAUUUACCAACGAGAGUGCAACUGGAAAUUAAUAGAAAUGGAUGCGCCAUAAUACGCUCAAAGGCUUUCUAAAACUUUAUUGGAACAUAUAAAGAGAAGGUUUAUGGACAUUUUAUGUGUGAAAUUUCAUUUUCUUUAACAUUUAUUUGAGGUGUUUUUCGAAGCUUUGACAAAUAAAGAAGGCAUCUCGAUGAAACUAGAUAAACCACAAGAGGUAACCAUUUUUGUCUAUCGAACGAUGUUGCUUCAAAUUGAAUCGUAUCUCGAGCCUUCGUAUUCCUCGGUGAGGUAUUAUGUAGUUGACAUUGGUUUACUUACGUAUCAACAAUUUUCAGUUUUUAAAAGGUGGGUAUUCGUGGCAAGGGAAGUGACGGAAUUGCUCUUUUUUCAUCCCUCACUUGGCUAUGCCAUUGUUUACGAGCGCUCGAGGCCGUUUGAAACGGUCGUUCGUUACCCAAAUUUCGUUCCGCUCGCUCGCGACACAAUCCACGUCCUAUCGGAGCUUAUUACGUAUUCGGUUUAUUAAAUUAAUACAUUUUGGCGUUCGAUUUAAUGUAUUCGCCCGCCGAUACAUUUGUCAACCGCGCUUAACAGUCCCGCGAACGUAACGAAUAAUAAAAGCGAUUUACAGUCACGUUCUGUUUGCAUUGAACGUCGCGCUUAACGCGCACUCACCACCGUUCCACUUUCAGUCAGGACGUUGCUCCCCAUCUGAUAACAGAGGUGGCCAAAAUUCUUAUCUGAAUUAAAAUUUUAAACAUCGACCUAUAUAAACGUAGGUGUUAACAAAAUUAAAAUUACAGUUAAUUAAUUUACAGUAGCUUUAUCGAUAUAUUAUUAUCAACAAUAAUAUUAAUAUUUGUUCGUGUUAAUGUAAUAUUAAUAUCUGGUUAAUUACAAUUAAUUAUACUACGUAAAUUAUUCAUCUUCCACAUUCGCCUUUAAACAAUUGUUUACUUACAUUAAUUUGUUUUUCAAUUAAUACGUAUCUUUAGGAAGUUCAUUUUGUAAUUUUAUCAGAAUAAAGUUUUGCCUAUCUCUGCACGAUGGUGGACCGAGUCCGUUUUACGUUGUCCUUCGGUGAGACAAAUUAUUUAAAAAAAUUGUUGUUUUUUUUUGUCAACCUGGGACUUAAAAUCGUAAUUAUCUCAACAUCGGUAAUUUUUCGGUUAAGUCAGUGUUUCUCAAACUGCGGUUCGCAUAAAAUGCCAAGUUACGUUGAAAAUAAUAAAGAGUAGCCAAUUUUAUUCGUCAAUUGAGAUGAAAUAAUUUUGCCUAAAAAUUAAAUGAUGAACAAUUUUCACUGGUGCUCGAUAUAAUUGAAUAAAAAAUUUUAAACCAUAACGAUAUGGUGUACAGUUGAUAGCUUAACUUUACGCUAGAACAGGUAUAAACAGAUUUUGGAUUCGUGGGUCUUCGACGAUCUCGUGGGAGUGACGUCACAGCGAAAAUGACGGAGUAGGGAGCAGCAACGAGAGUGGGGGUAUAGCAGCGCUCGCUUACGGGGAGCGGUUCAGUGUGUAAUAGGCUGCGCGAGAUCUCGUAAUUCGAAACGAGACGGGACUCGGAAUUGUUCGGAAUUGUUCGGAAUUUUUCUAGUGUACAUCGCAGGUACGAGUCGUUACUCUCCUAUCCUCGCGUAUCGGUGUAAAGUUAAGUGACUCGUUUUGCUCGUGCGUUCGAACUAUAAACUGGUUGAGACUGGUUGGGACUUACGGUUCCUGGUUCAUCGAUUGCCCGUAAGCCGAAUCGAGCGCUGAUGCUCGCGAAAGAGUCCGGUUGCCCACCUCUGCUCCACGAGGACCACAGGUACGUGAAGUUUGAGAAACACUGAGUUAGAUCGGAUCGAAACCUCCGAAAAUACAUUAUUACCGGAAGAUACCUUUGCAUAAUGUACGAAAUAUAUAGUUACUCGCCUAGAAGAGUAUAUCUCAAAUAUUUAAACAGUUUCAAAAUUUGAAUCUCCGUUAAUUCACUUUAACCUCUUAACCUACGAUUUACGUUCCAACAGCCUGGGCCCAAAACGUAAACAAGAUCGUUCGCUACGGGCCGUACCCGUAAUGUUUACGAUUGCCGCGACCGAUGUACCACGGGCCAAGCCCAUAAUAUUUACAAUUGACCCAAAUACAAGACUACGAGUCUCGCACGUACUUAUAGGUUAAGGGGCUAAGCAAAGUCACUGAAAAUUUUAUUAUUAGCAUGAAUAUGCAUCUUAUCUCGAUAUUUCGGGCCGUGUCAAUCAUCGAACUUCUCCAAGUUUGUUGAAAAUUUAAUAUAAUGUAUACAGUAAUGAUUAAUUUGAUAUCAACGAAAUAUCGACAUUCUGUCAGAUUAUAUCGUACGUGUACCUCUUUAAAUAAACCGUGCAGAGUUUUUUUUAUUUACAGUGAAGUAAACUAGAAUCGGUUAUUUCACCGUUGAAACGUUAAAAGUGAUUGAAUACGUAAAGUACAUGUUUGAGCUGUAGAUACUGUCGCGAGUAAUUGUAUAUGUGUACAUUUCGUUUGAAAUGCAAUGUAGAAAAUAUUUCCGAACAACGAUCGGCCAUGUCUUACACGAGCUUCGGAAACCGUUGUCAGAUUCUCUUUCGAAGGGUUUCUAUGCGAAGAAUUUCGAUAAUUGCAAGGAAAUGGGGCUGCAGAUUCCUGCAUGUAUCGAGAUUCAUCCAGACAGAGAAAAAAGAGCAAACGAAGCGUUCCCUACCGCCAUUCCCGUCUUCCGUUUCCUAGGACAGCAUUUUUAGUUGAGCACGUAGCCCGUGUUCUACUCCGAUACCAUCCUCUUGCCAAUUACCCACAAUACCUAUUCUUUCGUUCGUCUGUUGUUCUUCUGUCGAUUGUUCGCAUUGUUCUCUAUUGUAUUUGCUUGAUAUAUUUAUGCUAAAUCCAUUUAAUUUUUAUACCGUCACGGUACACUACCGUUUUAGUUACUGAUCGUGAAUAAUACCUCCUACAAUUACGUAUUACCUUAAAAGUGAAGAAUAAAGAAAUUGAUUAACAACUAUCGUCCCUUUUCUCGAUAAAGCUAUCGUCGUCGUUUGUAUUCGAAAUGAAUUUACAGAAAUGUUCUUUAUUCUUCGUAUCGUAUAUGAUAGAUGUGAAAAAGAUCUUCGAGCGUCGUAUUUUCGCGAGAGUGUCUCCCAAAAAUAACCGAAAAAAUAUCGAUACGUGAUGUACAUAAUACUUUCGUCUAUUUAUUUUACGGUUUCGUUACAAGUCCCUGGUACCAAUAGUGAUUGUGAUUCUUCCGCGACGACGAGGAUAUGAAACAAAAACGGGGAUAAACGAUGAAAUCGUCUGUAUUGUAUUAUAAAUGUAUAUGUAUAUGUAUAAUAUCUAUCAACCAGCGAUGUGUGCUAGUAUUAGUUACGGAUUACGGAUUAAGGAUCGCAACGACUGAAUAAUACUCUACAUGAUUUUCUAAUUGUAAUAAGUAUUUUUGAAACCGUCAUCGUUUCUACUUACGAUAGCUAAACGCGCGAUACGUUCUAGCGAACGUGUUUCGUUGUUGAUUAGCCAAAGAAGACAAAAAAAAAAAAAAAAGAUGAAAAAUGCGAGACAAAAGAAUUCGCGAAAGCAAAGAAGAAGAACGCAUGAGACAGUGAAAGAGAGCGGUGCAAUUGAUAUUUUCGAGCGGAUAGAUACGAUUGAGUAUAAACAAACGAGAAAACAAAAAAAAAAAAGAAAUGAAGUAUUAAUAAAGUUGAAGUAAUUAAGCGUAAAGUGUCAAGAGGUGUCUCGCGUGUUCGCAGCCGUAGUUUCUCGAUUCUUUGUGUAACGGAACGACAAAAAAGAAAGCUAGUCGAAUUUUUGCCAACCUUUUUGGUAUCGAUGCUCGUUAUGUUCCUCAGCUUGUCACGAUACGAAAGAAUAUUUAUGAUAAUAAUAACGAUAUGACCAGAAAA